GUGUGGUUAGGGCAAUGUUGUUUGUUUACAUUGGAAGCUGCCCAAUCUGGGAAGUGUGAAUUUCGAAUUCAUUGCAAAACUACUAUCAAUAAUGCUAUUAUUUGAGUAUUCAUAGUGAAAUCACAAUUUAUGAAUUAUUUAUUUUUAUCAAAAUAAAAUGGACAACAUUGAUCCCCUAGAUUUUCCUAAGAUCUGUCGCCUAUGUUUAUGCCAGGGCAGGUUGAAGAAUAUUUGUGAUUUGCCGAGGUAUCUUGAGAUCAUACACAGCAAUACAAGAGUCAAGAUCCAAGAAAGUGAUGAACUGCCAAAGAACGUUUGCAAUGUUUGUGUAAAGAAACUAGAAGGAAUAUUACAGUUUAUCGAUCUAUGCAACAAAAGUAAUGAUGCUCUCCUAUUACUGCAGGAUAUAAAAAUAAAGUCGGACCAGUGUGUGGAUGAAUCAUCUAUCAUACCAAAAAAUGAGAACAAAAAUGAUAGUUAUGAUAGUGAUUCAUUAAAAUCUGAAGAUAAUGCUGAUUGCGAUUUACCUGAAAUGGAAAACAAUGUUCCUUCAGAGUUUUCUUUUUCUUGCAUAUUGUGUAACUGGGUAGGCAAUAAUAGAAAGUCCCUGAGAGAUCAUGAAAAAGAACAUAGAAGCCAGUGGAAUGGUUGGAAAUGUUUGGAUUGUGACAAACUGUUCCAGAAAAAAAUUGAUUUCCAAAGACACCGUCGGGUUCACACAGGUAUAAGGCCAUAUUUGUGUAUCAUUUGUGGUAAAAGUUUCACACAGAAAGGUGCCAUGGAGCGUCAUUUUCAGUCUCGUCAUGGAAAAAAAGAAGUUAGAGACCGACUUUUUGCAUGUUAUAUUUGUGAGAAUAAAUUUUUUCGGAAAGACAACCUAAACGCCCAUAUGAAAAAAGUUCAUAUAAAAAAUCAACAUAAUAUAAUGUUCGAAUUAGAUGAUUCCUCUUCCUCAAUUUGUAAAAAAUGUGGUAAAACAUUCAGUAUGUUUUCUUAUCUACAAGAUCACCAACCUGUUCAUGAAGAAAAUGUGCCGAAAAAAUCCAAAACCAAGACAAGGUUUUCUGCACCAUCUUCAAAUCUGUGCAUCAUCUGUGGACAAUUAUUUGAAAAAAGGAAAACUUUCCAUGCACACAUGGCCAGAAAGCAUUCAGACUUUUCUUACAAAAGAAAACCUCACAGACAAAAAGGGAGCUUUCAAUGUUACUUCUGUGGAAAAAUUCUAACCACACAAGGCAACCUCAAAGUCCAUAUUAGAAUUCAUACAGGAGAAAAACCUUACACUUGUCAGUUUUGCGGUCAGAAAUUUGUUGCUCAAACCAGUUGGGAAGAGCAUGAAAAUAUUCACACUGGUGUGAAGCCUUUUGAAUGUGAAUAUUGCAAUAAAAGAUUUCGGCAGCGAGCUUCUCUAAGGAAACAUCUGAGAUCAUCACUACACAGAAAAGAUGGUGUUGGUGACUACUACAAUAAUGCUGUGGUUGUGCCAAAUGAGCAGAACGGAAGUACGAUGAACCCUUAGAGCGAUUCAACUUAGUUUUCUUUGUCUCGAAAAUCAUAUUUCAUAUUAAUAUUUUCAUGUAUUGACUACUGAUAUAUAAUGAUAUAAUAUAUAAGUAUAUAUAAUAUACU